ACCGGCCCGGCCAGUACACGAUGGAAGUUUGUGCCGGCCGGCCGUGCCUGAGCCAGCUCCGCGAGUGAUGUCGCAGCAUGAUCGCUGCCCGUGCGUUGUUGUGGUGCCUGUGCGUGAUCGCUCUGGGGAGCGCGGCCGCCGGUGCGCGCGCGCACCGUGCCCACCACGGCACUCCCCUCAGACACAAACAUUCGGAAUUCGUUAAAGGAAAAAUAUGCAUCGGUACAAACGGACGGAUGUCAGUCCCGUCGAACCGCGAGACUCACUACCGGAAUCUUCGCGACCGCUUCACUAACUGUACCUACGUCGACGGCAACCUUGAGCUAACAUGGCUACAGAACGAAACCAUGGAUUUAUCUUUCCUAAAGUACAUACGAGAAGUAACAGGCUACGUGCUCAUAUCUCAAGUGAGCGUUCGAAAAAUCGUGCUGCCCCAACUCCAGAUCAUCCGCGGACGCACUCUCUUCAAGCUAAACGUUAGAGAUGAAGAAUUUGCUCUGGUGGUAACAAUGUCUACGGCAUUCACUCUCGAGUUGCCGGCGCUUCGGGACGUGCUGCGCGGCAGUGUGGGCAUCUACAACAACUACAACUUGUGCCACGUCAAGACUAUUAACUGGGAUGAAAUAAUAACAGGCGUAAAUGCAACGUAUGUAUACGUGUAUAAUUUUACAACACCGGAACGAGUAUGUCCUCGCUGCCAUCCCAGUUGUGAAAUGGGCUGCUGGGGAGAAGGCCCUGAAAACUGCCAAAAGUUCUCGAAGACAAACUGUAGCCCGCAAUGUGCACAAGGACGCUGCUUUGGGCCGAACCCUCGAGAUUGUUGCAACACCUUCUGCGCCGGAGGAUGUACGGGUCCAAAAGCUAACCAAUGUCUUGCCUGUAGAAACUUUUAUGAUGAAGGCACUUGUUCUCAAGAAUGUCCACAAAUGCAAAUAUAUAACCCUACUACAUAUUCUUGGGAGCCGAACCCAAAUGGAAAGUAUGCAUAUGGAGCAACAUGCGUCCGUAAUUGUCCCGAGCACUUAUUAAAAGACAGCGGUGCGUGUGUCAGGAGCUGCCCGCCGAACAAAACGGCUGUGAACGGAGAGUGUAUACCUUGCAAUGUUACUUGCCCGAAAACUUGCCGAGCAGAAAAUCCAAUACAUUCCGGAAAUAUAGAAUCAUUCAAAGAUUGCACCAUAAUAGACGGCUCUAUAGAGAUUCUCGAGAUGACAUUCACAGGAUUUCAGCACGUGAAUCGCGAUUAUUCAUUUGGUGAGCACUACGCGAGCAUGGAGCCAGACGCUUUGGAGGUGUUCAGCACGGUGCGAGAGGUGACCGGCUACCUGAACGUCCAAGCGCAUCAUCCAAACUUCACUAGUCUCUCUUACUUCCGAAACCUGGAAGUGAUUGGAGGUCGACAAGUCGUCGAAAACCUCUUCGCCGCACUUUACAUCGUGAAAACAUCGUUGAAGUCCUUAGGCUUGAAAUCUCUGAAAAGGGUCAACUCAGGGGCGAUAGCGAUUAUGGAAAACAGAUACCUUUGUUAUGCAGAGAAGAUAGCGUGGAAUAAAUUAGUAAAAUCAAAGGACCAUAAACAAAUAAUUCAGAAAAACGGCGAUCCGAGGACUUGUGAAAAAUCAAAUUUGGUGUGUGAUCCUCAAUGUUCUGAGGACGGUUGCUGGGGUCCAGGUCCGGACCAAUGCCUCGCGUGUCAAAACUUUAAAUUCGGUGAAACGUGCAUCCAGAAUUGCAGUGUACAUCCAGGAUUAUACAAAGCCGGUGCGAAGAUCUGCAAACAGUGUCACGCAGAAUGUCUCGACGGUUGCACAGGACCGAGUCGGGCGAACUGCACGAGGUGUAAACACGUACGCGACGGGCCCUACUGCGUUGCCGAAUGCCCUGACUCCAGAUAUGCAUCAGAAAACGGCACUUGCCUACCUUGCCACUACAACUGCAUCAAUGGCUGUACUGGGCCCACUAACACCGUUGGUCCAGGCGGAUGCAAUUCAUGCAAAAAAGCCAUAAUCAGCGCUGACGCUAGAGUUGAGAGUUGUCUCAAAGAGGACGAAUCCUGCCCUGAUGGCUAUUAUAACGAAUGGGUUGGCAAUGUUAAACCCCUUGAAGGGAAAGUUAAAGUGGCUUGUAGAAAAUGUCACCCUCUAUGCAAAAAAUGUUCUGGUUUUGGUAUCCACAAACAAGUAUGUCAAGUUUGCAAUGGCUUCAAUAGAGGAGAUCAAUGCGAAGACGAGUGUCCAGCUGAUCACUACACUGAUGAGGUGGGAAGAAUUUGUACGCCGUGCCACUCUGAGUGCAAAGGCUGCACGGGACCCGGUUCUACAGAUUGUAUCAAAUGCAAAAAUUUUAAGGUAUUCUUGAGUGAUGUAAAUACUGCUGAUCAAAGACUUGAAUUCAAUUGUACACUAACAUGUCCUGACAGCUUACCUCACAAGAUAUUCCUAGACGAGCAACUCCAAGAUCAAAUUGAAGAGCCGUAUUGCUCAGAACAUGCAAAUGGUCAUUCGAGCACGGCAACAGCUAGGACACCAACAGUGUUAGUAAUAUUCCUGGUCUUAGCAUGCAUGAUACUAAUAGUACUCGCAAUUAUUGGCUAUACCUGCCGACAAAAAGCAAAGGCAAAGAAAGACGCCGUUAAAAUGACACUGGUUCUAACUGGAUGUGAAGAUAAUGAACCUUUGCGCCCGACGAAUGUAAAACCAAAUCUAGCUAAAUUACGAAUAGUUAAGGAGGCUGAGUUGCGCAGAGGUGGCAUGCUCGGAUUUGGCGCUUUCGGAAAAGUAUAUAAAGGUGUUUGGGUCCCUGAGGGCGAAAACGUAAAAAUUCCUGUCGCUAUCAAGGUUUUAAAGGAAGGUACAGGGGCGAACACAAGCAAAGAGUUUCUUGAAGAGGCGUACAUCAUGGCUAGCGUGGAGCAUCCAAACUUGCUUCAACUGUUGGCUGUCUGUAUGACGAACCAAAUGAUGUUGAUUACUCAGUUGAUGCCACUAGGAUGCUUGCUCGACUAUGUACGAACACACAAAGAAAAAAUAGGUUCCAAAGCAUUUUUAAAUUGGUGCACUCAAAUCGCACGCGGAAUGGCCUACUUAGAAGAUAAAAGAUUAGUUCACAGAGACUUAGCAGCUAGAAACGUAUUAGUACAAACCCCGAACUGCGUUAAGAUAACUGAUUUUGGUUUAGCUAAACUACUAGAUAUUAACGAAGAUGAAUAUAAAGCGGCAGGUGGUAAGAUGCCUAUCAAGUGGUUGGCACUUGAGUGCAUACAGCACAGGAUUUUCACUCAUAAGAGUGACGUUUGGGCAUUCGGUGUCACGAUUUGGGAAAUAUUAAGUUAUGGGGCACGACCGUACGAAAAUAUUUCAGCAAGAAAUGUGCCUGAACUAAUUGAAAACGGAUUGAAAUUACCUCAGCCAAGCAUAUGCACGUUAGACAUAUACUGUGUCAUGGUGUCAUGUUGGAUGCUAGAUGCGGACAGCCGGCCGACCUUUAAGCAGCUCGCCGACACGUUCGCUGAAAUGGCCAGAGAUCCCGGCAGAUACCUUGUUAUACCUGGGGACAAGUUUAUGCGACUUCCGUCCUAUUCUACGCAGGAUGAGAAGGAAUUGAUUAGAAAUCUGUCAUCGGCAAUGGAAGGCUCAGAAUCGCUGGUCGAAGCUGACGAAUACCUGCAGCCGAAAUUCAAAGCCGUCCCUGGCACGGCUUCAACAAACUCUGCCAGCGCCGGAAUAGAAACGCAGACAAGUUCACUAAAGCCAUGUACGUCUUCCUCGUGGGCGAACAACGGUACCGGACCAGACGGGGUCGUUUCGGAAAAUAACGGUCCUAAGCCUGAGACAUGGGAUCACGAAUUGCUGAGAUACAACCACCAAGGGAAUCAAGAUGGAGCGGAUAUGCGGCACUAUUACAACAAUGGGGUGUGCGUAUCAGACAGUUCCAGCUCUAGAUAUUGCAGUGAUCCUAUGAAAACUAGAACCGAAGUAUCCAUUGAGGGCAAUUUCGACAGCAUGUCUAAGAUUAAAGAAGCUCAAGUCGGAAGUCUUAAGUUGAACUUGCCAUUAGACGAAGACGAUUAUUUAAUGCCUUCGCCGCAACACAACCAGAAUGCGUCGACUUACAUGGAUUUGAUCGGAGAAGGUGGUGAGCCUCAAGAAGUAAAGGAUUUGCGCUUUAGCACUUUCGGUGGCUCAAAGCGUUGUAUCGAUAAUCCGGAGUACCUAAUGUCGGACGAGAGUGUUCCGACUCAGACCCUGGGCAUCCCGACGGAGCCGGUGCCGCUUGAGUCGAUAUGUGUCAGCGACGGCAGCGGGAGCGACUCCACGCCACGGCCCGGCCCCAGCAAAUACCUUCCGCAGCGCUCGGUGGAAGAGGAGUCCAUGUCGGAUCACGAGUACUACAACGACCUGCAGCGCGAGCUCCAGCCGCUGCGCAGGAACGAGACCACGGUGUAGGUGCGUGUUGAACGUGUCGUGCAACACGGUACAAUGUAUACAUUGAUCUCCCGCGUCAAUAGACUGCUUUUAUAAUUAACGCGCGAGCGCGCCCUUCGUGCCAUUGAUGUGAUGGCUAGUGUUAUCUCGUAUUGGCGAAUCGUCGAGCGAGACUUCAUCAAUUAUUGUUGUUUAUUCUUAAAUGUUUGUAAAGGAACUGUUAUGUCUAUAGUAUUCUGUAAAGAAAAAUAUUAUCUUUAUCGUGCACCAACGACGCACAUAACAAAUAUCAAAAUAAGUUAUUUAUUAAUUUAGUUUAAGGAUGGCUAUGUUUCGGUUUCUCGAAUGCUAUAGUUUUAUUUAACUAAGCGAUUUUUAUUUUAAUUUUUAAACUGUGAUAAUUGUUUUAAUUAUAAUACAAUGUAAAAUAGCGGAAGGAUAUAAGGUUAGAGGUUGGAUUGUGCCCUUUCAUUUACACUAUGUGAAUAUGCAUUUUGCCAUUGACUGCAUCGUUGAAUCCACGCCGGUGUGGACUUCAUGAAUAUUAAACUUUAGGAGCAUUAUAAUUUCCUAAUAGCAUUUAGUUAUAUCAAUAGGAUAUUAUAUACAUUCCUAUAUUGGUAUUAGUACAUAUCAAUGAAAGUUAUCUGUACUGUAAUACCUCACUAUGGUGUGCAUGAAUUUUAUUUAAUUUUUCAACUUGUAAAAUGUUCAUUACAAAAUAUAUUGCCUUAUGCCAUCUUGCCAUAUUAUGAGGUCGCAUAAUGGGCAAUCAUUUUAUAUUUUCGCCACUUGCCAGUUUUGGGCCUGCUGCCGACAUCUGUUUACGUGUACAUAAACAUAUUUUAUGUAAAUUAUAAUUUGUAGCAAAGACAAAAAGACAUUAGUUUUAAGGGUUAUUUUCUGUAUCUUCAGCACAAAUCAAGCUCAAACGAAUCAAAUUUAAAAUGCAAUUAUAAUUAUAUAGUACGUUUCUACUACAUAGUUAGUAUAUUUGUAUGUAAGACCAAACCCUCGUUUGCCAUUUAACGUGUAAAUAAUAUUAUAUGCUAACUGUAAAUAAAAGAAUAUAUAAACGUUUUAUAGCGAACUAUUUUUGCAUGUAGAAAGUAGGUUCAAACAUACCACUAUAAUUAAUUGUUUAUAUGACGCAUCUUUGUUUUCUAAAUUGUACUGUGCCAUUUAAUAAAGUAAUAGUUAUAUAUUUGUAGCUAAAACAAAUUGAAUAUUUCACGUAAUAUGUUCUCAUAGAUCUACUUAAUGAAAUAAUUUAUGAAAUAAAUCACAAAUUCUAUGUUAUAUAGGGGUUUCACAACAUGAUUAUAAUGUGGGGACACCGCCUUUUCUCGCUAAGUCCGUCGACCAUGCCACCUGUAAGAAACCCACACAAUUUAUCCGUUCUUACGUUGGCUCGUGUGUACUUAAAUGAAUUUUUAUUACAUAUUGUAAUCAAAUCAAAUAUUUACUAAAUAUCGAGAAAAAGCGCUGUGCUUACAUAAUAUAUAAAUGCAUACGGCGCCCGUAUGUUUAACUGUAACACAUUUAUUGUGAACAUAUUCAAAUAUAGUAGUUGGUCUAAGCAUUUCUUGGUAUAAAUUUAUUAAGUUCAAUCUAAAUGGCUAACAUUGAUUUCUGUAUAAAACAUUGUAGGUACGUGUACCUUUAUAAAUGAAAUUAAAUAAACUU